ACCGCAUCCACGUUCCCCGUGGGCUGACAAACAAGCGAGCUCCGUGAAGUCAAACGCGGUCAACUACUUCAUUUUUCUUUCGCAUUGAACAGGGCGACGCUUUUAACUCCGAAAGCGAUAAAUGCAGAUUUAUGGUGAUGCUCUAAAACGUGAUUGAUUUCUUUCCACCCCCACCAGAACCCCCCUUAUAGUGACUGAACCCACCGACAGCUGCUCGAUAUGCUUCAGUCUCGUGUGGAAUAUUUUCCCAGAACUGUGACUGUUUGGCCGCUGCUGUUUUGAAGCUGUCAGCAGUUAUUUUCUUAGAUAAUAACACAUUUAAACUGGAUUGGAAAGGACACCGGGAAAAUUGAAGCGGAAUUUUAAUGAGGCAGCAAAAUGAAAGGACUGAAGAAAAUACGUAAUCCGGAUCGAAUGUACAGAACCGCCGUCGGUUACACCGGCCACGUUCCUCCUAAGAGUGUCAGCGAUGACACAGACAACAACAAUGAACAUGGACAUUUGAAAAUCUACCUGCCCAAGAAGCUUCUGGAAUGCCUUCCCAAAUGUUCCUCCCUCCCCAAGGAGAGACAUCGCUGGAACACCAACGAGGAGAUUGCGGCCUACCUGAUUACGUUUGAAAAACAUGAGGAGUGGCUGACAACGUCCCCCAAAACCAGGCCGCAGAAUGGGUCUAUGAUCCUCUACAACAGGAAGAAGGUGAAGUACAGAAAGGAUGGCUACUGCUGGAAGAAGAGGAAAGAUGGGAAAACCACGCGGGAGGAUCACAUGAAGCUCAAAGUGCAGGGAGUCGAGUGUCUGUACGGCUGCUAUGUCCACUCCUCCAUCAUUCCCACCUUCCACCGCCGCUGCUACUGGCUGCUGCAGAACCCUGACAUUGUGCUGGUCCACUACCUGAACGUGCCCGCCAUAGAGGAUUGUGGGAAACCGUGCGGGCCCAUCCUGUGCUCCAUCAACACGGAUAAGAAAGAGUGGGCCAAAUGGACCAAGGAAGAACUCAUCGGGCAGCUCAAACCCAUGUUUCAUGGCAUCAAGUGGACUUGCAGCAACGGGAAUAGCAGCACUGGCUUCUCAGCAGAGCAGCUCGUGCAGCAAAUUCUGGACAGCCACCAGACCAAACCACCUCCCCGGACUCACAACUGCCUCUGCACGGGAAACCUGGGUGCUGGAAGCAGCCUGCAUCACAAAUGCAACAGUGCCAAACACCGUAUCAUCUCCCCGAAAGUAGACCCACGCACCGGUGGUGCCUACAGCAGCACCCACUCUGAGGUUCAAAACAACGACGUGUCAGAAGGAAAAACGGAGCACAGCCACGGUGGGGGCAAAAAUGGCAGGGCAGGGAACGAAGGUGCCGGCGGAACGGGUGGCCGAGAGAAAAGGAACGGCAAGGUGCACAAGCCAGCACUGCUCCACCAGAACAGCAUGGAGGUGUCCUCAUCCAACCAGGUGGAAGUGCCGGAUACCACCCAGAGCUCACCCGUCUCCAUUAGCAGUGGGCUAAACUCUGACCCCGAUAUGGCCGACAGUCCCGUGGUGACAGGAAUGGGCCACGUAGCUUCGGUAAUGAGCAGCCUGUCUCAAUCUGCCACUGUAUUCAUGUCAGAGGUGUCUGGAGACCCUGUCUAUAGCAUGUCCCCCACUGUAGACCCCAAUGCUCACCUGUUGGGUCCUGAUACAGCCUCAAGCAGUCUGGUAUUAGCAGUGACAGCCGACAGUCACAAAUUUGCCUUUGCUGGAGCAGUUGGAGUGGGGUUAGCGGAUGGGGGAUCCACCGACGGACUUGCUAUGCUGUCAUCGGCAGGCGUAUCUGAAGAACUGGUGCUGUCUAGUAACCUGGAAUCUGGAAGUAUCAAGCUGCCAGAGACCAAUAUGAAUUUCGACCCUGACUGCUUCCUCAACAACCCCAAGCAAGGUCAAACCUAUGGUGGAAAUGGAAUGAAAACUGAGGAGAGCAACGGGAGUAGCUGCAGUAACGGAGGGCUGCGAUGUUCCCCACCACUCAACGACAACGGUUAUGGCUUCAACACCGCUCUAGUGAAGAACAUCAAAACGGAGGACACGUCAUUUGAGCAGCAGUUGGCGAAAGAGGGUGGCUAUCAGGUUGGAGAAGUGGUGAGUGGUGCCGUCGGUAUCUCUGGUUCCUCAAACGGCGGUUCUGGCCAGAACUCCCUGGCUCUGACUCCUACUGGUUCACUCCUGCCAUCUGGAGGUGGACUUAGUCCCAGCACUACUCUUGAGCAGAUGGAUUUCAGUGCAAUUGAUGCCAAGCAAGACUAUCCAACCAGUGUUAUGUCAGCGGCAGGCUACGCCCAAUCUAUCUCCAGCUCUCACCUGGCCCACCAGAGUCACUCCCCCAGUUUCUUCCUGCAAGGUUCGCCACAGUCCCAAAACCAGACACACCCAAACAACUCCAGUUCGACCCAGAACUCUCACGACUCCAAUGCCUACUCAACGGGAACCAACGGGCAUCUCCACCACCAUCACCAUACCCACCCCAGCCAGCACACUGCCUCGAACUGCAACGGCGGCUCUCCAACCGAACGGAAUGGACAGGCUGGUUCACUCCAGCUUCUGCAGUACCAGAAUCGCUUUCCAACCCCAGGUCAGGAACAUGAAGAAGUAGGUGGUUUGGAACAGCCAAUCGGAGCAGAGCAAGGAGACGGAGGUGUUCAAGAAAAGGACUCGGAUGGUCUGAUGAAACCAGGGGACCACUUGCAGCCUGGUGAAGGAGGAGAAACCGAAGGCGUAGGUGGCGAAGAGCACUACCUCCAGAACCCAACAGAAGGUGGUGGAGUCGGGCCAGGAUCUGGAGGAACAAGCGCGAGGGCUGAAAGUGGAACAAUGUGCAAUGACACCGAGGGAAAUGGAACCACCAACAGCCCCCAUCAACAGCUCCAGCCACUCCUGCAAGGAGCCGGUUUGGUGCAGGGGCUUUUUAGCACCGUAGGCACCCACCAGAGCCUGGCCAAUAGUGGAACCAACGGAGGAGGCUCCAUGGAGAUCAACCUCGAUCAUUUUGAUGUUUCCUUUGGGAAUCAAUUCUCAGAUCUCAUCAAUGACUUCAUUUCGGUGGAGGGUGGAAGUGGUACGGCUGUAGUGGCAGGCAGCAAUGCUCUCUACAGCCAUCAGCUGAUGACCCAUUCGGGAACAGAGGGGCAGGUCUCCUCUGGAACCGCUGCGCAGCAAGGUGCCGAUGAAGUAGCACAUGGGGCAAGGGGGUACAAUUCUGCGGACCUCUGCUUGCAGCCCUGUUGCAGCCCACAGUCCACGCAGGCUGGGGCGGUGGCGGGCGAGGCUGGGCAGCUGGCAUACAUGCAGGUGGCCGAGGCCGUGUCGGCAGCUGUGGCGCAUGGAAACAUGGGAAUGUUACAGGCUACUGGAAGGCUGUUUGUGGUGACGGACUAUUCUCCAGAGUGGUCUUAUCCUGAGGGUGGUGUGAAGGUGCUGAUCACCGGUCCAUGGCAGGAGGCCAGCAGUGAAUAUACCUGUCUGUUUGAUCAGAUAACAGUUCCAGCUUCCCUCAUCCAGCCCGGGGUGCUACGCUGUUACUGCCCAGCUCAUGACACAGGCCUGGUGACCCUGCAAGUGGCAGCCAGCAGUCAAAUCAUCUCCAACUCAGUGGUGUUUGAAUAUAAAGCCCGUGCCCUGCCUGCCCUGCCCUCUUCUCAACACGACUGGCUCUCACUGGACGAUAACCAGUUCAGAAUGUCCAUCCUGGAACGCCUAGAGCAGAUGGAGCGAAGGAUGGCAGAGAUGGCCGGUCAGCAGCAGCAGCAACAGAGCAGUGGAGGACCAUCUGAGAGCGGAGGAACCGGAACAGGAGGAGGAGAAGGAGGAAGAAGCAAUUCCGAACAGGCACAGUUCUCACCAGGUCAGGGUCAGAGCCAGGGUCAAGGUCCGGCUGGCAACUCCUUUGAAAGCCGUGUGGUGGUAGUUUGCGAAAAGAUGAUGAACCGCGCCUGCUGGGCCAAGUCCAAGCACCUGAUCCACUCCAAGACGUUCCGGGGCAUGACUCUUCUUCAUCUGGCAGCCGCCCAGGGCUACACCACCCUUAUCCAAACACUUAUCAAGUGGCGCACUAAGCAUGCAGACAGUAUUGACCUGGAACUUGAGGUUGAUCCUCUAAAUGUGGAUCAUUUCUCUUGCACACCACUGAUGUGGGCUUGCGCUUUGGGUCAUAUGGAAGCAGCAGUGGUUCUGUAUAAAUGGGAUCGGCGAGCUUUGGCCAUCCCAGAUUCUUUGGGGCGCUUACCGCUGGCCAUUGCCCGUUCCCGUGGCCACACCAAGCUGGCCGAGUGUCUGGAAAGCCUUCAAAGGGAGGAGCAGCAGUCAGGAGCACUGACUUCAACUCCCAGCAUGACUUUUUCACCAUCUACUGAGGCCUCAGCCGCAGAGGGAUGGAUGAAUGUUUGGGGUACAGAGACAUCUUCAGUUGGGCUGAAAGAAAGCAACUUGACUAGUUCUGCUUCCAGCUCCAGCUCAGACUUGAGGAGACCCAGGUCAGAACCAUCCAGCUUCUACAGCAGCGUUAGUCACGGGGACGCCCCGUUGAGCAAGAAACACAAACCCAACCCCGAGACCCUUCAAACUCGGCCCAGCAAACCCUGCUCUGCUCCUGUCGGACUAGAAGAACAGGCCCACAAGCCUAAAACGUGCCCUUCCAAACCGAGGGAAGGUACUGGGGAGAAAGAGCAGGGAGAUGGUGAGCAGUCUCAGACUAAGCUGGGCUCAAAUUGUGGAGGUGGAUGCUGGGGCUCCAGACAGGCUGCAGGACGCAGAGUGCCAACUGCAGGACUUGGCAAGGAAAGGCUCGCGAACAGACUGAGAUUAAGAGAGAUUGCUAGUGCGGGAACAAUCUCUGAUCUGCGGACAACCCAAGAGGAUCUGGAGAACACAGGAGACUUGCAGAACAUGAACAUGAUGACUUUAGCAGAGGAAGUCAUUGAGGCAACAUCUGAUCGCAUCAAGAGGGAAAACUUUGUUGCAUCAGACACUACACUAGAUGGUGUUGGAGUCAGCAACACCAUGAGCUGGUUGGCCAGUUACCUUGGAGAUGCGGAAAGGUUCCUGUUUAACAAGCCCCUAACUUCCUCUCCUGGCCUGGGCCCAGUCCACGGUGGAGGACAGCCGGAACUCGACGGUCCUCUUGGGAAGCUCGGCCUCCAGACCCCCGCUGAAUGGACCGCACUCCUCAAUGCCUCCCACAACAAGGAGGAGCGCGACCUGACCCAGUUGGCCCUGUCUGAUCCUGAACAGAGAGAACUUUACGAGGCAGCCCGCCAGGUCCAGAACACCUUCCGCAAAUACAAGGGUCGUCCACUUCGGGAGCAGCAGGAACUGGCAGCUGCUGUCAUUCAGCGCUGUUAUAAGAGGUACAAACAGCUGACAUGGAUAGCCUUGAAGUAUGCACUUUAUAAGAAGAUGACGCUGGCCGCCAUCCUUAUCCAGAGUAAAUUCCGCAGCUACCACGAACAGAAGAAGUUCCAGCAGAGUCGCAGGGCAGCCGUGCUGAUCCAGCAAUAUUACCGCAGCUACAAAGAGCUCGGCCGGCCGAACCCACGCAGCCGAGCCACUGCAGCUGCACUGGUGCAGCACAAACUCAGAAGCAGUUUACUGACCAAGAGACAAGACCAGGCUGCCAGAAAAAUCAUGCGGUUUCUGCUGCGGUGCCGUCACAGCCCCUUGAUGGACCAUAGACUAUUCAAACGGGGCGAAAGAAUUGAGAAAGGCCAAGGAACAUGAGAGCGCCGCAAAGAGCCCCGUCGCAAUGUAACAUCUCCGAGUGGACUCUUUCUCUUCCUCUUCAUUGCGUUUUUACAAGAGACAAACGAUUUCCGAAAAAAGCAAAAAUUAUUCAGGAAGCGGAAACGACGGAAGAUCAUCGGAAAUGCGACGGUUGAACUCUAGCAGCGUUUGUGACUGAUUCUGCUCCUGCAUUGUGUAUUUUCUCGCUCCGGGGGGAACUCAAGACUAUUGGGGAAAUAUGACAUUAUCUUCAUGGCAUUUUUGCACUCUUCAUAGAUUUUUUUCUUUAGAUUACAAAAAAGGAAAAAAAACGAAGGAAGACCAAGGAGCAAAGGCUUUUUAUUCCGACGACGCUUGUAAAAUAUCACGCGACAUGAACAGAUCGAACGUCAUGCUGGAAGCCGCUUCAGAUUACAUUUUUAUAUUUUGAAAGGAAAAAAAAUACAACAAUCAGUUUGGGAACAAAAAAAAGAACAAAACCUAGAAAAUGUAAACCAAAAGGCCUCAUUUCAGUGACCAUAUGCAUGCAGAGUAUUUGAAAUCAGUCUCUCAUCUCCACAAAUCUUUGUUUUUGACAAAUGCUGUCCGUUCAUUCAAAGGGAAGCCUUCAUAUGAAUGUAGAUGGGGUCAGGGCAAAAAUGCUGGGUUUGAAUAUCAGUGUCUUACCUUUGUCUUUAUGGGGGUUUGGGGACUUCUGACGACAACUUGGGGGAUUGAAGUGAAGCCCUCUGGGUUACUGUUUCGUGUGCACUGUUUUUGACUUUCUUAUGGGUCCUUUUCUUAAUGUCAUUUUUGCUGGCCUGACUUUGUGUGUCCCGUGUUUGUUGAAUUGAAUCUGGAUACAGUGCAUGUGUUUGAGCGAAACGCUCCUGCAUGCUACGUAAAUGUUUUGUGUUUUAUUUUCAUUCAUUCAUACUGGUGAUAUUGUGGCACCAUCAAACUGAACCGUAUAAGCUUGUUUGUUUCCGAGUAUAUUGUUAUAAAGACCAUUAUUUUUAUAUAGUUCAGUUAUUUAUUUAUUAGCUUCAUUGAUUUAUUUGAUUUUUUUGCCUUUUUUUUAAGGUUUUGUGUGAAGGUUUUAAAUGAUCUCCUUGUUUUAAAAACGGACCUUUUUUUAAUGUGAACUGUACUAUCAAUCGUGCCACAGCGCCAAACGUAUAUUUGCAAAGGUUAUCUUCCAUUUUUGUGUGUGCGUGUGCGUGUUGUGAUACGUUUCUUCAUUGUUACUGAUUUCGAAGAGCUCCGGAAAGCCGCCACAAGCUUUCCCGUGGAGUUUCACUGAACAUUGCCUUGACUUCUUGACUUUUUGAAGGGUCCCUAUACAGAAGCUUCAAAAACAAAAAAAAAAAAAGAAAAAUCCAUAUUUUUGACUAUUGAGUGGUCCCUGUACAUAUGAAGAUGGGUGAAGGAACAUUGAUAGCCAGAAACUUUUUCCGAAGAGGAUUGUAUUUAAGAAUAUAUAGUAUUUUAUUCAUAAAUUGGAUUAUAACGCAUUAAGAGACGAACAAAAAAAAUAUAUUGUAUAGUUUUCUUUGAACGCCCAAGAUGUACGGUUGUAUUGUUUGUAAAUACUGUAAAUACUGGUUGCGAAGAAGGAGCCAUGUGCAUGAAACUUUAAGACAUUGAACAUAAUGUAAAGAUAAAAUGUAGUGGCAAUGGUCUGUAAUACGAUUUGAACAACUUCACUAUAAGACUUGGAAAUGUUCUUGCACAGAACAUUCUCUAAAGCAUGACAAGAAUCACGAUAAAACCGUAGAUUUAGCGGAAGAGCCAAACGAAUCCGUCAGACACAACUGGAUCUUUCUUUUCCAGGGUUAGUGGGAAUAAAAUAGUGUUUUGUUUUGAUUUUUUUAACCGAUGGUGACCAGUCAUGUGAAUGCUACAGGACUUAAAUAAGCUAUUCCAUUGAGAACUAGUAUUGAAUGACCAAACUUCACUCACACACCCAACAGUUACAGCUGAGGUUUGAGGAUGAAAUGUCUCCACGUUUUGUCUUGUAUAACAUGACUAGAAAGUGUACUCACAUUCAACAAUGAUACCUGACGGAGUCAGGAGGUUAAAAGUAGGCCAUGUAAUUAAAAAUGAUGUUGACGUGAGGGUUGUGAAUGGUUCUUUCAAGCAGGCGAUGCCCAUACACGUGCUUACAUACUAGAAAAAAAAAUGUCAUUUUUCGAACAGGAAUCAAACACUGAGAGGGCAUGGACAAAUAUUGUGAAUGUAGCCUAAAAACACAUACGUUUCGACUGCCAUGUGUUCAUAUUCCUGUUUUGUUUUUCAUUAUUUCGUCAUUUCUUGGGGGGCUGCUACCGACAUUCAAAACCCCAUGGUUGAGUCACAUCGAAUCAUAUUGAUUUUUUAUUCUUCUUUUCUGCGUUGACAAAUUUCUCUGAAAGAAAUUUGAGACCCCCUGAAUUUCCAAAGCGACUUCAGCUGACGAGAGGCAUCAUUUUAACUUACACCAGCACAUAUUGCCUGUUAAAAAGGAAGGACGAAGAAAGAAUGUGGUGCUUAUCUGCUGAAAUAUAUUACCUGUGUAGUUUUCUUUCUACUCCCCACAUGUAGAUCCAUCGUUUUAGAAGUUAACGUUUCCUCAUGAUCUCAGAGACUCAAUAUCAGUAUUAUUAUAGAAAGUGCCUAAAACAUUCAACCGAUAUCAGGAGUGUGUCGAUCCUAAAGAAGAACCAGUUGAUCUUUUUUUAUGGUAUGCAACGCUAAAGGCUGGUUUUCCCAGGUCUGUUUCCUCCUCUCACGCCCUUUUCACUCCUCCAACGCAGACGCAGAGUGAAGGCACCUGUCAUUUUGGGUUUUUCGUCGCCCUUUUGUUAAAGCUUUCGAGUGACCCAAUAACAUACUAUGCAUGCUUUCAUUAUUUCUUUCAUUUUGUGUACUUUUCUUUCUCUUUUUUCCAUGUCGGAUCUAAACUGGGCCAGGAAAGUAGGACACGCUCGGUGAAGUUGGCGCAUUAUAUAAUAAUUUCAUCCGGUUGUUAGAUUCAAGUCAGAGCACAACUCCAAGCGAAGGCGGCCGCCCUUUACGUCCCUUUUCAUCCGAAUAAUAUUCUUCCGACUUGAAACUUCAGGAAAUCAUAAGCGAAAGUCCUCAGAAAUCACCAGGAAAAGCUGUUUAUGGAUCACCAGGUAUAUGUAUCUCAGUUUGGGUCAUUCAUCUUAGGGAAGGGGAAAAAUAAAAAAUAAAAAAUCUGCCUCCCUUUUGUAGUUUUACUCAGGGUGCUAAAACAGGGAGAGGGUGUUUUCGCAUGGAGACUAGAUUAGGUUAAGUUAAGUCUCCAGGUUCAGCUCAGAAUCAACAGGAGAAACCACUGGGAAUAUGUACUUCCAUGUGUACUGUACAUCACUACACCGUUCACUGCUUUCAGAGACAGACUGUCACUCGGGUAACAGGAUAGACCGUGUAUGUUUAUAGAGUUUUUAGACCAUUUUUCCAAAACUGAGCAGGUAUCAUCGUUCGUGCAGGUAUCAUCGCUCAUUUAGUAUUGCCAUAUCCCCAUGGGAUUGGGAAUGCAUAAGUAUACCUCAGCGCCAAAUACCUUCAGAAUAAGGUGGGAGAUCCCGUCCUCGUAUGAAACAGCUCAGUAUACGUGCAUCCGGAUCAUGCUUUGCGUAUUUUUGUGUCAGAUAAGAGAAAUAUGCACUUUGUACAGCUCACCAUCCGAGUUGAAUUCCCUCCCCGAGCCCUGGUACGUUACUGUAUGUGCUUUAUCUCGACAUAUGAACACGGAUGACCACACGAGCACAUGUGAGGGUUUUAGCCGAGCGAGGGAAAACACUACUGGUGCAGUUGGAAGUUUGUACGAUGUCCUAAAUUCCUCUCUUUGGAACUCCGGAAAUGCAGGUUAGGCUUAAACGGAACCGAAAAACCACUCGAUUAUAAGCUUUUCACUUACAAGUACAGAGCAAUAAACACUUUGUUUUAGACAAGCUCUUUAGGUUGAAAGAAUAUGGAUAAGUCAAACAUAAAAGAAAAAAUCAUAAAAAUAGAAAAAGUUAAAAAAGAAUAAAUAAAUAACAUUGGGACAUGCUUAGUUCACUUCCUCUUAUGCAAUUACAGGUACACAGAGAGAGGUGUUCAGUGGUCUGUGGACAUUGAUUUCAUAUUUCCCAGCCCUAAUGCACGUUUUCAUCAUUUUAAAAUGAAGAAUAGAAAAAAAAAAAGAUAAAAUAUGAGCCCAUAUUUCUUACAGGGCAGUGGGCUUUCAACACUCUGCAUGUGAAGCUAGUAUUAGACCUCUGUUUUCCCCUCUAUCUCUCUCUCUCUCUCUCUUUCUCCUUCAUACCUGCUUUGUGCUCCUCGUAUCCUCCUUCUCCUUUUCCUCCUCUGAUGAGUUUUGCCUCAUGUGCUGUUUUCUCGGCCGUCUCCCUCUUUCUGUCCUUCUUGUGAGUUUUAUUUAUUUACUUAGAUUUGUUUAUUUUUUUAUUCUUUUUUUUCGUUUUUGUUUUGUAACUGUGCAUGUGAGAGCAUCACUGAAUUGUUGGAUAUGUUUUAAAAAAAUAAAGAAAUAAAUAUUCAGCUGCUGAAGCCAUGCAAAACAUUUUGAAUUGCCCUUAAAAUAUGGAAAAUGUUUUCUGAAUGCUUUAUAUAAUUUCUCUGCUGUAAAAUAAAAUCUUAAAAGAGAAA